AUGAUUCUAAAUAUUAAAACAUUGACCCGAAUCGAAAGUACAAUAUGGGCCGUUGCAGGAACUUGCUCAUUGCUCGCGACAUUCCUGUCGUUUUAUCUUAUAUAUAAACAUCUUAGAAAUUAUACAUGUGGAGAUCUACAGAAAUAUAUUAUUAGAAUUUUGAUUAUGGUUCCUGUUUAUGCAGUGGACAGUUGGUUAUCACUUAGAUUUGUAGAUUUAAGUUUAUAUUUUGAUUUGAUUAGAGAUGUAUAUGAAGGUUACGUAUUAUAUUGCUUCUUUUGUUUGAUUGUAGCCUAUGUAGAGAGAGAUUUCGAUGUAAUAGAGUUAUUACACACCAAAGAACCACUUGCUCAUCCAUUCCCACUUGGAUAUUGUUUACCAAAGAUUAGACUUGGAAGAUCAUUUUUAAAGACUUGCAAGCGAUUUGUACUACAAUUUGUUUUUGUAAAACCAAUCAUUGCACUUAUUUCUAUUGUUUUACAAGCAACACACAAUUAUGGAGAAGGUCAAUUCGUUCCUACCAAAGGUUAUUUCUGGUUAACCAUUUUCGAGAAUAUAAGUGUAACACUGAGUCUUUAUUUCUUGGUAUUAUAUUAUCAAGCAAUGAGAGAGGAAUUGAAACCAUUCAAACCAUUUGGUAAAUUCAUGUGUAUCAAAGCAGUUAUUUUCUUUGCAUUCUGGCAAGGUAUCAUCAUUUCAUUCUUGACAUAUAUCGAUGUGAUCACACCGGUCGGUGAUUGGACAGUGGACAACAUCUCAUCAGCACUUCAAGACUUUAUUACAUGUGUUGAAAUGUUGAUCAUUGCAGUGUUGCAUCACUUUUUCUUCUCUUACAAAGAGUUUAGAGAUCCAAACAAACAACCAUUCCUCUACAACUCUCAAACCAAGACAUUCUUCAACAAUCCUGCAAGUUCGAUCAUUCCAGUUAUCAAAAACUUCUUUACUGUUACAAGUGCAUCCGAUAUUAUUGAAGAUACAAAGGAAUCAUUCAUUUUACCAUUGAUUAGAUCCGACGACGAUAUUUUACAUAUUAAAGAAGAAGAAAGAGUACUAUUAAAGAAUGAAGAGUUAAAUAGUAUGGUUUUAGUUAAAUAA